AUUCGUGUCCCUCUGGCCUGCGCCUGCGCCUGCGUGAUUUUGGUAAACUUGUGACUUGGAGGUUCAGACUCGCACAACAGUUCUCCCUGGUCGGUUCUGUGCUACUGUGGUUUUCGGAGCAUGUCAUUCAAUACGAAUCUCAAACCCAUGUCCUAGCACUGUGUCCCUUGCAACCACGUGCCUGAAAGGUGGCUCGGUCCUCCUCGCCCGCUUCAGACUCUCCUUGACAUCUCCCAAACCACGAACACGUCGAACAAAUCGCCGUGUGCGAUCUCAGUGCCAGGAACCAACCGAGCCUCAUCAUUGUAACUUGCCUUUGCGAUACCUUGAUCGAUCACAUGUUCCGCGUCCUCCAUCACCAUCUCUAGGCAUUCUGCCCGACCUCUCCGAUGCCCCUAUCGAAGAGUGCCUCUCCACUACCGAUCGGAGGAUGGGCAGCGCAAAGUUCGGUCGUUGAAGGCAGAUCGACCCCUAACGGCCAUUAUCCUGGAGCAAACGGCUACAGUAGUAGCGAUGACCAAUGGGCGGUAGCAAAAGCGAGAAGCGCUCAAGUCAGAGGAUACCCCAGUAUUCAGACCAAAAAUGAAGGAUUCUUCCAGCGAUCGCGACGGAAACUAUCCACGACACUCCCAGUAUUCAGCCCAUACACACCGCUGUCAGCCAAUUGGAAAGACCCAGAGAAACUAGGUCGCAGUCGGUGGUCAGCAAGAGGUGGCAGCAGCUUGGCCAAACUGAAGACCUUCGCUGGAAACUUUGUACGGAAAUGCAGGUUUCUGAUCAUAGUAUUAUCCCUGGUGACGUUAACGACUCUCAUAAUGUCGCAUACAAGUCUGUUGUCCAGCAUCCGCAGCAACUCUCAUCUCGGUGGUGGAAGCAAAUUUGUUAUUGUGCUUGGUGCAAAUGAAGGUGGUGGUGUCAUGGAAUGGAAAGGUCCAAGGGAAUGGGCUAUAGAACGAGACAGCGUCAAGAACAAGAAGAGAUAUGCCGACAGAUGGGGGUACCAACUCGAGAUCACCGAUAUGAGCACCAAAAAGCGAUACGCUCAUGAGUGGAGAGAAAGCUGGGAGAAGGUCGACCUGCUUCGUAAUGCUAUGGCGCGCUAUCCCAAGGCUGAGUGGUUUUGGUGGCUCGACUUGAACACCUACAUUAUGGAACCCUCGUUAUCGUUGCAGUCGCACAUCUUCAGCAAUCUUGCCAAUAACGUCUACCGCGACAUUAAUGUUUACAACCCCCUCAACAUCACUCAUCCUCCGCAAACCGCAUUUCUCGACCCGGUUGCCCGUUCGCCUACCGGCGACAACCUGACGUCGUCUAUCGAUAUAAUCAUAUCGCAAGACUGUGGCGGAUUUAACUUGGGCUCUUUCUUCAUCCGACGAUCUCCGUUUACAGACCGAUUACUGGACAUGUGGUGGGAUCCGGUCCUCUACGAACAGAAACAUAUGGAAUGGGACCAUAAAGAGCAGGACUCACUCGAGCACAUGUAUGAAUCGCAGCCCUACAUGCGGACACAUUUUGCAUUCAUUCCGCAGCGCAAAAUCAACGCAUUUCCUCCAGGUGCUUGCGCGGUUGAGCCAAAAGACGGCGAAAAUGUGGACUCGAAGAAACCGCUCACCGACCCACGAUUCCACUACAAUGCGAAGGAGCGUGACUUUAUGGUCAAUAUGGCUGGGUGCGAAUGGGGUCGGGAUUGUUGGGCCGAAAUGUACGGCUAUAGGGAGCUCAGCAACAAGUUAAAUCGAUCGACUUGGGCAAAAUUCAAGAGUUUCUGCGGUGACUCUUUGAGAAGCCUUAUUAUGGGGUCUUCUGCUGAAGGAGAGACAAAGCCACAAGGAUGAAGCAUCAACCGAGAGUGAAAACACUUUGGAAGGUCUUGACAGCAUACAUCCGCCGGAGUACGGAGAAUCGUACAGGGUAAGCCUUUGCGGACCUAGUCUUCAGAGCACAAUGUGGAGUUUUUGCGGGAUGACAUCGGGGUACCAUCCCUGGAAUCACUGGAGCAGAACUAUACAAUGUAUGAAUAGAGCAUUGGCAGCGAUGGAAGCUGUUUGCUUACUAUCGUAUCAGAGCCAGGCGGCCGGCACGCGUCGAGUCGAGGAAAUGUGGUCUCGUGAUUGUAUACCUAGGUAGGUGGACUACUUGGACCACAGAGAGGCAGAGGCUCUUAGAGUUGAAUGAAAUCAAAAGCUUUUGUACCACAUCAAGC